CGCUACCUUUAACUUCCUGUACUAUAGUAAACAUUAAUGUGUAUGUACACUACAGUUUGAGAAUUAGUUAUAUUUCAACAAGGAGACUAUCGGAUAGGCGUUUGAUUAAAAGGGUCUAAGUUCCAGUUGCAGUACAUGAGCUGAGCUCGAUUCCCCGGACUUAGAGCGACUUCUUUUGGGAACCACAGAUACAAGGCUUACAACCGGAAAGUGUUCAGCGCCGACAAAUAGAGGUCUGCAUAUAUUCUCCAUUUCUCUAUUAGGUGGUGAAAACAGAUGGAAUGGCACAGUGAGUAGAGCUGUUUCCCCACAUUACAUGGACCGCAGUUUGAUUCUUGGCUAGGAGUCUUCUGGGCUGAGUUUACGUCUCCUUCCAGUGUUUGUGUGGGGUGAUUUGUGCUAGAUUGGAGAGGAAAUAGAAAUGUCUGUUUUAGCCAGAGUAAGCAGAUUACCGCAUUCUGCAAGUUGGAUAAUAACUCAAAGAAGAGUGCUAAUGUCCAGUUACAGUACCACUGUGGCCAGAGUGUACAAGCAGCCUGGCAUUGUGAUCCUGCCAAAGCAGUUUGCUGAUGACUUUGAACAGUUCUGUUCCUUGAACAGUGGACCCCUGCCUCUGCUGUACAAAGGCCAACCAGGAGAAUGGAGCUGCUCUGACAUGCUGGGGAAAGUGGAUAUCAGGACAAGUUUCCCUCAGUACUACAAGUAUGAAGCUGGAAACCUUUGUGCCAGUCUGCCUGACUUGCUGCCACAUACAGGAGAUCUGGAAGAGAUGGUGGUUUUCAUUUUGGGUUGCAGCCCGUCUGGUGAUAUGGCAUUACAGACAGCAGACAAUUCUGCACGUCACACGUUCAGUAUUUACAAGACCACAGUGCCAUGCCAAGAAGUAAGUCCGUUCCAGUGCAACUUGCUGGUUUCCAUGAUACCUGUCCCUGAAGAGGAACUUGCUACGGCAGUCCAGAUGGAAGAUCGUCAUGGUGCCCCAGUACACAUUGGAUAUCCUGGGCUGCUUGGCAUAAACAGCCUCUCUAAACCAGGUUAUGGAGCAGCUGUGGAGCUCAAGCAAGGAGACAUCCCAGUGUUCAGGGCUUGUGGUGCCACAGCGGUAGAAGCCAUAAAAAGCUGCAAGGCACCUCUGGCCUUCACUCACGCUCCUGGCUGUGUAUACGUCUCUGAAGCGCAAGACUCCCAACACGGCCAGUUUUGUGGACCACCUGACUCCAUCCAGAGUGUGUGCAUCUCUGAGAAUCCCUUGUACUUCAGUUUGGCCUCUCCAGCUGCAGUCCAAAAGAUCAGAUCCUUGGAGGAUGCCAUCAUAACUGAUCCAGGAAACAGAGGAAUACGAGCACUGUUUGUCCAGGAUGAGCUGCUCAAAGCCUCCCUGUCCAUGUCCCAUGCCAAGUCUGUGCUUAUUACUACCGGUUUUCCUACACAUUUCAACCAGAAUCCACCAGAAGAGACAGAUGGGCCACCAGGAGCUCUGGCUAUGGCCGCCAUGCUUCAGGCCCUGGGGAAAGAGGUUGCUAUUGUGGUUGACCUGCGAGCACUGGAAAUGUUCCGAGCAAUUAUUGCAGAAGCCCUAAACCAAGGCAUUUUAAAACAACCUGUACCAAUCCUGAGCUUUCAAGAAGCGGGCCAAGAUGCAGCCAAGAGGUUCCUGUGUCUCUAUGGAGACCCCCAAUCUCCCAGGUACGACCACCUAGUGGCAGUAGAGCGUGCUGGGAGGGCCAGGGAUGGCAGCUAUUACAACAUGAGGAAAGUGAACAUUAAGCACCUGGUGGAUCCCAUUGAUGACCUGUUCAUUGCAGCAAACACCAUUCCUGGCAUCACCACGACAGGUAUUGGAGAUGGAGGGAAUGAGCUGGGAAUGGGCAAAGUGAAGGAAGCAGUGAGGAAGUGUAUGCCCAAUGGAGACCUGAUCGCAUGCGACAUAGCAGCCGACCACGCUAUUGCUUGUGGUGUCUCCAACUGGGGUGGCUAUGCCGUGGCUUGUGCCCUCUACAUCCUCAAUUGCUGUCCCAUCCAUGAACGCUACCUCCGGAAAGCUGUGGGUCUGCCCAGAUUGUCAGAGAAGCCAUUCUGGACUGAGGCUCUCCCUGUGGUCUCCAAGGAAGAACAAAUGAUGCACAUUCAAGUAAAGUUCGGCAUCCGAAGUGGUAAGACUGGAACUUUGGGAAUGGAGGUGGAUGGCCUGCCAUUUUACAGCACUCAUUCAGACAUGAUUCAGCAGCUAAGAGAUAUCACUUUGUAGUUCCUGAUAUGAGGCCAAGAAGUUUUUAGAAGAAGCAUUGGACAUUUCACUUGUUUUCCAGACUAAUACUGUAGUUGCUCAUAUUGUUUUAAUUUUUUUUCCUCAGGUGUAAGUAGCUAUAAGUUUGUAAAAUGUAAAUAGUGUGCAAAAUAGCCUGUAGUAAAUGGUGGUUUUGGGGGUUGGUUAUGGUGGACCCAUUGACUGUACUUUGAAAUUGUACUCUGGUACCAAAUAUACAGUAAUUUCUGAAUGAAGAAUGUUGUCUGCUAGAAUAUGCGUAUCUUAAGUUGAUUAUUCACAUUAUUCAUGGUGGUGAACAACAAUACAAAAAAAACCAGGCCAGCAUCACACGAAAAUGUCACUUUUCAUGACAAAUAUGCACUUACUGUCUAUUAAAGACUAAAAUGGCUCCA